ACCGGAAAUGAGUUGUCAGAAGCCGGAUGUGAGCCCGAUUAGCAAACUACAAUCCCUCAAAACUGACAACAGAGGGUUUUAAUGCUUGGAUGAAAGCUUGAAAGAGCUACCUUUAACAACAGCUAUCUCUGUUUGCCUGCUGACCAGCCCAUUGAUCAGCAAAAUGAGCAGCACGGGAUCGGUGGAGAGUGUUAAACCUCCAAAGAUCGGCUCCAUAGUUGAGGUGACGGGUAAGGGCCAGCGAGGCACCGUAGCCUACAUCGGUGCUACCCUCUUUGCCUCGGGAAAAUGGGUCGGCAUCGUCCUGGACGAGGCCAAAGGAAAGAAUGACGGCAGCGUGCAAGGAAAGCGCUACUUCACCUGCGAGGAAAAUCACGGGAUAUUUGUCAGGUCAUCUCAGAUCCAAGUCAUCGAUGAGGGCUCCACUGCCUCCUCACCAGAAACCCCUGAGUCCAACUUGUCAAGGAUACUCAAACAAAAAGAGAUUUCUGAGACUCCUAAAACAUCAAAGCAGGCGUCCCGUGAGAGCCUGUCGUCCUCGCUGUCUGGAGACGUCAGCGAAGCGGGCCUGUCCUCCCCGCAGGGGGCGCUGGGGGCCCCCGUCACGCCUCAGCCGAGCGGCUCUCCUGCCGCCGCGGCUACUCCGGCACCGGCCACUCCGAGCAAGGAGGAGGAGUCGCUGCGCGCUCAGGUGAAGGACCUGGAGGAAAAGCUGGAGACUCUGAAGAUGAAGCGAGCUGAGGAUAAGGCCAAGCUGAAGGAGCUGGAGAAACACAAGAUCCAGCUGGAGCAGCUGCAGGAGUGGAAGACCAAGAUGCAGGAGCAGCAGGCGGAGCUGCAGAAGCAGCUCAAAGAGGCCAAAAAGGAAGCCCGGGAGGCGCAGGAGGCCAAAGACCGCUACAUGGAGGAGAUGGCAGACACGGCGGACGCCAUAGAAAUGGCCACGCUGGACAAAGAGAUGGCGGAGGAGCGCGCAGAGUCGCUGCAGGUGGAGGUGGACUCGCUGAAGGAGAAAGUGGAGGAGCUCUCCAUGGACCUGGAGAUCCUGAGGCACGAGAUCUCAGAGAAAGGCACAGAUGGAGCCGCCUCCAGUUAUCAGGUCAAACAGCUGGAGGAGCAGAACAGCCGGUUGAAGGAGGCGUUGGUCAGGAUGCGGGACCUGUCGGCCUCAGAGAAACAGGAACACGUGAAGCUGCAGAAGCAGAUGGAGAAGAAGAACACGGAGCUGGAGACCCUGAGGACCCAGAAGGAAAAACUGCAGGAAGAACUCAAACAGGCCGAGUCCACCGUCGACGAGCUGAAGGAGCAGGUGGACGCCGCGUUGGGCUCAGAGGAGAUGGUGGAGACGCUGACUGAGAGAAACCUGGACCUGGAGGAGAAAGUCAGAGAGAUGAGGGAGACGGUCACCGAUUUGGAAGCCAUCAACGAAAUGAACGACGAGCUGCAGGAAAACGCCAGAGAGACGGAGAUGGAGCUGAGGGAGCAGCUGGACCUGAGCACCGCCAAGGUGCGAGAGGCGGAAAAGAAGGUGGAGGCCGCCCAGGAGACCGUCGCCGACUACCAGCACACCAUCAGCAAAUACCGAGAGCUCACCGCCUCGCUUCAGGAAGCCAACAGGGAGCUGGUCAGUCAGCAGAGCGCCAGCACCGAGCAGACGCAGCAGCCGUCCGCAGAGCUGUUCGACUUCAAGAUCAAGUUCGCCGAGACCAAAGCUUACGCAAAGGCCAUCGAGAUGGAGCUGAGGAAAAUGGAGGUGGCCCAGGCAAACCGACAGGUCUCCCUGCUCACCUCCUUCAUGCCGGACUCCUUCCUCCGCCACGGCGGCGACCACGACUGCAUCCUGGUGCUGCUGCUCAUCCCCAGGCUCAUCUGUAAGGCCGAGCUCAUCAGCAAGCAGGCCCACGAGAAGUUCGACCUGAACGGCGGUCCGGUGCAGGGAGCGGCGCUCCGGGGGCCGCCAGGAGAGCAGCGCAGCUUUGCUUCGGGAUUGGUCUACUCCCUGGGCCUGCUGCAGGCCACGCUGCACAAAUACGAGCAGGCUCUGAACUCCUGCAGCGUGGAGGUCUUCAAACGCAUGGGCACGCUCUACCCUGAGAUGAGCUUCCACGAGCGUUCGCUGGAUUACUUCAUCGACCUGCUGCACAAAGAUCAGCUCGACGAGACCGUCCAGGUGGAACCCCUGACCAAGGCCAUCAAGUACUACCAGCAACUGUACUCCGUCCAUUUGGCAGAUCAGGAUGAGGACUGCACCGUGCAGCUGGCUGAUCACAUCAAGUUUACCCAGGGUGCCCUGGACUGUAUGGGGGUGGAGGUGGCUCGCCUGCGGGCGUUCCUGGCUGCAGGACAGGAGACCUCAGGCCUCGCUGUCCUCCUGAAGGACCUGGACACCUCCUGCUCAGAUAUCCGACAGUUCUGCAAGAAAAUCCGCCGCCGCAUGCCUGGAACGGACGUGGCCGGAGUCCCCGCCGCCCUCAGCUUCGGCUCACAGGUGUCUGAGACGCUGACUGAGUGCAGACGGCAGCUGACCCGCGUGGUCGCCGUGCUGCAGGAGGUGGCUGCAGCCGGGGCCCAGAUGGUGGCUCCCCUCGCCGAGCAGGAGGGCGUCAACGCGCUCAGACUGGAGGAUAUCGCUUGCAAGGCUGUGGAGCAGGUGUACGGCUCCCAGGGGGUGAACGGGCCAGAGCUGCUGCGGCAGUCCUGCAGCUCCGUCAUCACCACCAUGAACAAGAUGGCUACAGCAAUGCAGGAAGGCGAGUAUGACGCCGAGAGGCCUCAAGGAAAGACUCCACCGGUGGAGACGAGAGCCGCCACCGUCAGGGCUGAGAUGACCGACGCUGAAGGCCUGGGAGUCAAACUGGAGGACAGGGAAACGGUCAUCAAGGAGCUCAAGAAGUCCCUCAAGAUCAAGGGCGAGGAGCUCAGUGAAGCCAACGUCCGCCUCAGCCUCCUGGAGAAGAAGCUGGACACCUCCACCAAAGACGCCGACGAGCGCGUGGAGAAGAUCCAGACCAAGCUGGACGAGAGCCUCGCCCUGCUCAAGAAGAAGGAAAAGGAGUUUGAGGAGACGAUGGACGCCCUGCAGGCGGACAUAGACCAGCUGGAGGCGGAGAAGGCCGAGCUGAAGCAGCGCAUCCAAAAUCAGUCCAAGAUGACGAUCGAAGGCCUGAGAGGCCCGCCGGCUUCAGGAAUCGCCUCCAUCGUUCAGGGAUCUGCAGGAGCAGGGCUGCCUCCUACCAUGGCCGGGCCGACACAGGUGGUGGACUCCCCUCUGCUCAGACAGCAGGUCGAGGUCCAGAGACUGGGCAUUAAAUACCUGAAGAAUGAAAACAACAGGCUCAAGGCGGAGAAGAUGAAGGCUCAGCUUGCUUCCCUGCCUCCACUGUGCCCUCCUAAACUCCCACAAGUGUCCAAGGAGAGCUCCACGCCUCCGGAGGGCCUGAACACGGGGAUCUACCGGCGGACCGACCAGCUGCUGGCCACGCUGCUAAAGCUGAGCGCAGAAGUAAAGGUGGUGGACAUCACGGGGAAGACGGCAGUGAGUGCCAGCGCCCAGCUGCUGGAGCAGACGGCUCGUCUGAAGAACCUGAAGGACGCUCUGGACAAACUCCAGGGCGAGGUCGCCGAACACGUGGUGUCAAACCAGCCAGGAGCGAGGGCUUCCUCCGACUUCGCCACGUUCCCGGUCUCCUCCUUCAUUAAGGCUAAGGAAGAGAAGCAAGGAGGAACGGUUUUCGUGGGUCGCGUCGCCAUCCCGUGCAGCCGCGGCCAGGAGCAGGUCCACCGCCUGGUGCUGUCGCAGCAGCAGCUGCAGCAGGUGCACGGCCUGCUCAUGGUCUGAAGUCUGCCGCCGGAGAGCCUCCCAACACUCUAACAUUCUUGUCUCUUUUCAAUACUACACUCAGGAAUGCGUGUCCUGUUUAAAAGCAACGUGUCAGCACUAAAUGUCGUUCAUAAUUUAAUGCCAGACUUCCAGAAUGUCACGUUAUGAAGGUGUCGUGUGUUCAUUUAAGCCUCGGAAGCUUUUGUCAACUUUUCUUAGCUCAACUGAGUCUAACCUUGUACGAACACAUUUCUAUCUGUAGCCAUUCUGAAAAUUAAAUAAAACAUGUCACUUUAAA